CUGAAAAAAUCUUAUUAUCCAAACCAAACAGAGAAUAUUAUUAUAGUCAUCCUGUCUUGUCUGUCAUGCUACUGCUCUUAUCUUCAACAUCCUCUUCUUCACUCAUGCAAUCUUUUCCGUUAAAAUUCCUUUGUGCUGUACAAGGACAAGGAGAAUCAACUCAUCGAAGCACUAAUCAAAAACCGAAGGAUUACAUAGUGCAGGAUGAGAAAGUAUUAAGGAGGAAACUUAUGAUUUCUGUUUUGGUCUCAACUUGUGUUUUUCCAACAUUAUCUUCUCAUGCGAAGACCAAAAGUAUUAAUCCGUAUAAUGAAAAACGUGUGCUACAACAAAAUAAGAAUAUACAAAAACAAAACAAUGCACCAGACGACUUCCCAAAUUUUAUUAGAGAAGGUUUUGAAGUUAAAGUGAUAACACCAGAUAACUAUAUAACGCGUGAUUCAGGGCUAAUAUACCGAGAUUAUGAAGUUGGUACAGGUGAUUGUCCAAAGGAUGGUCAGCAGGUCACAUUUCACUAUGUUGGCUAUAACGAAUCUGGCCGCCGUAUUGACAGUACUUAUUUGCAAGGCACUCCUGCUAAAAUUCGCAUGGGUAACAAGGCUUUGGUUCCAGGAUUUGAGGAAGGAAUUAGAGACAUGAAAGCAGGUGGAAAGAGAAGAAUAAUCAUUCCUCCUGAUCUUGGACCCCCGGUAGGACCUUCAACAUUUUUCAGCUCAAAACAAUUUGAAGUUUUUGAUGUUGAAUUAUUAAGCAUACAAAGCUGUGAAAGAAGAGUGAUAGUAGGAUUUUAUUCUGAUGUUGUAUGCACUUGAGAUAAGGCUGCAAUAUUUACAGCAAAAAUAUUAGCUAGGAACAAAAUUAUGAUCUUGCUUUAAGGCUAUUAUUGUUAAGUAUUCUUUAUUGUUAUGGUUUGUAACCAUGUCAAUCAUUGAGAAAGGAACAUAUGUAUUAUGAAAAUACUUAUGAAAUUUUCAUAGUAGAAUCAUCUUAUAUUCAUGAUGGUUCAUCAACAA